AUGCGCCAUCCUUGGGCCUUGGGCCGCGCUGCGAGGAGGAAGCUUACUCUCGGUUGCGCUGCAGCAAAUGCUGCAACUCUGCUGCUGCGACCAGAAACUCCUGCAGCAGCAGCUGCUGCUGCUGGUGCUGCGGGGGAAUGCAACAUCCUCACAUGCUGCCGCUCUGUCUGCCGCCUCUCCAUGGGCGACGUAGGAAGAGCCCUUCUUGCGUGCAAAGGAGCACGGCCCUUUCUGCAGCAACAGCGAGACCGCCAGCAGCAGUUGCUGCUGCUGCAGAUGAAAUGUUUCGGUGCGGGCCACUCCACUGCUGCAUACACCGGCAGCAGCAGCAGGCUGUGGUUCCUGUCAGCACCGCAUAGGUUUGCUGCCGCUGCUCAGGCGGCUCCAAGUAUUCGCUCAUCCGCUUCAGGCGUCAGUGUUUCUGUGUCUCGUGCCUUAUGCACGCAACGACAGGCGCACGGGCUGCUGCAGCGGCAGCAGCAGAGGCAGCAGCUGGUGCAGCAGCAGCAAGUACAGCAAGUGCGGGGCAUCAGCACGAAACGUCGUCGUUACUUCAAGAUGCGGAAGUUCCACAAGAAGAAGUACAAGAAGAAGCUGAUGCGCGCGAAGAAAGUGCCAUUUGUAGAGGUUAAUCGGCCAAAGAGGACAUGGAAAACGCUACGGCAGAUGCAGCUGAUUAGAAAACAGUUUCGAAGAGGCAUUCCAGGCAAAGGCGCGCGAAUGCUGCGUCUUAAGCGGCAGCGUUAG